UGUUUUUUAUGCUCAUUGUAUUUUCCCGCAAAAGUUGUCUUUACGUUUGCAAGUUUGCAUGGUACCAGUUUGCAUGCGUUUGUGCGAUUUUUUUUAAAAAGCUGUUCGUUAUUGUUUGUUGAUGUAUGAAAUCUGGUGCUCCUGUUCCAGAAAAAAAUGUCUAUGGACGUACUUAUCAAAACGAUCAAAGACCCUUCUUAUUUUGUUGGUGUUAAAGUCAAUGCAUCAGCUGACGUAUCAUUUGUAGCUUUAUUGAAAGAAGUGAACGACUAUUACAAUGAUUCCCAGAUGUUUAAAGCAAUUCUCUCAAACCCUAAAGAAGGAAUGCGAUGUAUUGUGUCCAUCCCACCACUAUGGCAUCGAGCAAAAGUUGACACAGUUUUAGUUUCAACCAAUGGAUUCCAAGUUCGAUGUUCGCUGGUGGAUGAAAUGUCCACAGUUGUGGUCUCAGCUAACAGAGUAUUUGUUACUCCAGAAUGGGUGUGGGAGGUACCUGCCCAGGUAAUUCACUUUGCAUUGCAUGGAGUUCGUCCUAUGAGACUUGUAACUGAUUAUGUAAAAGAUGAAGUAUUAUUUGGGAGUGAAGACACAAUGUGCUGGAGUGCUUCAGCAAUUAAAUGGUUUAAAAAUUAUGUUGCAAAAUCACAAGGAAAAGUUGAAGUUAAAGUGAUGGAAAUAAAUGAAGAGAAUAUUCACUUUGUUAAACUUUUCAUGGUGGACAAUAUAACAGGAUCACAAAUUUGUCUUAAUGAGAUUUUGGUUAAAAACAAAUUUGCUGUUAAUACGAUAGACUCUUUGGUAAAGAAUGUACAAGGAGAAACACAAACAAGAAAUACAAUGAAAACCAAGUGUGUGACACAGAACGGUCACUUGAACAAAGCCAUCAUACAUUCUGAGGAAGUUAAGAAUCAAAAUGUGUUGAAAGAAAGAACACCAACAUUGAGCAAUAAAGGUCAGGUUAACAAACCAACAGUAAAUCAUAUCAAUGAACUGCCUAUGUUGAACUCAAUAAAUGGUGUAAAUCACAUUCCAAAAAGUGAAAAUUCAACUUUAAUUGGAUCAAGACUGGAUAUACCUAAAGAUCUUAAUUAUGAAGAAAAAGUUGAUUUGUCAACUAUUCCACACCCACAAGCGCCACAAUCUUGUGUAAAUAGUUCACCAGUUGCUACCCCGUCAUCAUCUACAUCACCAAACAGUGUGGUUUCUAUUGGAAGAGGAAAAUCCUUGCUUCGUCUUUCACUGUCACCAAAACAGCAGUUAAAUCUCAGCCCUCCUCAAGUUCAGCGUUGUAUGAAUGGAGUCGAACCUUUAUUGUCUCAUAUAAAAACACCUGAGCCGUUAACCAUAAAUGUAAAGUCUGAUCUUAGCAAAUUAACCGAAGACUUAACGGGUGAUGCGCGGUUUACUGAGCGGUUGGUUAGAGUUAUUCAAGCGACAAAUACUGUUUCAAAAAACAAACUCCCAGGUGGAAUGUCGCUUUCUGAGUUAAGACUUUUAAAGCUCGAGAAAUUUCUGGAGGAAGAAAAGGCAGAGUUACGAGGCGAGCCAAAAUUAGUCGCCAAAUUGCGACCAGUAACAUUGUGUGAGGAGGAAUCUGAAGUUAUAACUCAAAGCCCACCAACGCAAGAAAAGGGCCCUCCUGUUAAACCUCAGAAAAUAAACUUGAAAAACAAACCAAAGGAAUUAUUUGUUAAAAAGUUGCUGAAAAACCAAAGAGAAAAGAACAACACCAUGUUAGUACAUGGUGUGGAACCACCAAACCCUAUCCCACUAUUCUGUAGAGCCCCAUUUCCAGAAAGUAUGGUCACAAAGUUGGAGUCAAGUUUAAGAUACCGUGGUCCCAGAUCCAUCCAAUCCUAUGCAUGGCCCGCUAUACUGGAUAAACGUAGUUUGGUCGCUCUGUCCCCCACUAGUGGUGGGAAAACCCUCGCUUACGUGGCACCAAUCGUUACCAUGUUACAACGGCGCAGCGUAGCUCCCAAGAGUUGUAAAUUGAACCCGAUCCAAGCAACAUUCAUAACACAGAGAAGUCCUAGUGUUGUGGUCCUAUGUUCUACAUGGAGGAAAGUACAAAGCGUGACUGACAUGUUUGACAUGUUUAUGUCCGAUCGUGACAAGGAGGGUCAACAGCCCCAUCGUGUGAUAGGGAUAACAGGAGGACCAGAAGUGGAAAAUGAGAGAUCUGUUGAUCUGAUCCUUGGAUGUAGCGUCCUAGUUUGCUCCCCUUAUACUUUGAUCAGGAUUUGUAGAAACAAGUCAGUGGACUUGACCAGACUUGAGCAAUUAGUGAUUGAUGAUAUUCACACACUGGUUGAAGCAUUUACUGAGCAAGUAGGAGCCAUCAUGAGAAUGUGGAUGGAAGUUUUACGCGACCCUGAUAGACCGAACAUACAAGGAUUCAAACCACAGGUGCUGGGAUUUGGAAUACAGUGGACUACUGGUGUGAAAUCUUUCAUGAAAACGUUCAUGAAUAAUCAAUCAUUGCUUUAUAUAAGCCAUCCAUUGGAAGCAUCUGUUUUUGGAAAGGUACAGCAUCAUACCAUUAUAACUUCCAACACAUCAAGUUAUAACAGCCUACUAUCACUCAUACAACACUAUGAGGAUGUCAGAGCUGGAGGGGUAGCUGUUUAUGUUAAAGACAUCAGCACUUUAACAUCACUUGCUCAAGCAUUAACUGCAUCCAGUAUACAUUGUAUUACAGCACAUGCCUGUAUGGAAGAUGCGGAAAUACAACAAAUACAUGAACUUUUUACGGACGCUUCUAACUCACCUGUCCUCGUGCUAACUGACGAUGUCAUUCCUUAUUUGGACAUUGACUCAAUUCAGAUCACAAUUCAUUACAACUUUCCACCAAAUAAACAUGACUUUGGGUUACGUUUGUCACUUAUGUCUUCAUUCUACCAUUCUACUGUAGACAAGGAUAAGAAGAAUGCUGAAUGUUGCUCCUACAUGUUCUUCUCUGAGGAUAAUGCGGCGCGUUCUGUUGGUUUUGUUAAAUUUCUUAACAGAAUCAAACAACCUAUACCCGUUAUACUAAAGAAACUUGCUGUUCAAUCUAUUGAGGUUCAUGAAAGCUCAAAACAGGAUCUGUUAUUAUGCCCCUUCUUUCAAGCUUAUGGGGCAUGCAGAGAUAUAAAUGUAUGCGGGUACAGACAUGUUAUUUCAUCAUUGGACAAGCCUAAUGUUGGAACCAAAUACAGCCAGGUUCCCACCUCUGGCCACGUGCGUGUUAAAGUGACAUGUAUAGUAAAUGCUACACGAUAUUAUGCUCGUCUCAUGAAACAUAGAGACACCAUAUCAGGCGUUGUACGUAACAUAGAAGGAUCGUUUCAAGAAAUAUCAAAAGAUUUGAUCCAACACUUCAGCACACCACGUGCACCAUGCUUGGAAAUCAAAAGAGGAAAACUUAUUUGUGUUAAGUUGGACAACAUGUUUUACAGGGUUGUUCCAUUGCAACAAGAAAGCUGUGAUGAUGUUAAAUGGCAAACAGUGAUUGGAGUGUAUAAGGCUCGCGUACGACUUGUUGAUGUUGGAACACAAGCUGUAGUUAAUGUGGAGAAUCUGUUUGAAUUACCUCAACAUUUGGUUGACAUCCCAUAUCAGGCAAUAGAAGUUCGUGCAUGUUGUGUUAAACCACUUGACAAUGAUAUUGAAUGGCUGAUGCAAGCAAAUGAACUUGUGCAUAAUCUUAUAUUUGAAAAGGAGAUUGAAGGCAACAUUGUGCUUGCACUUGGCCAUACUAUCUGGUUGAAACCGGUUGUGAUCCGGUCUAAGCUGCCCAAAACUGGUGUUGUUGUUACUGACUGUGACAUCAUAGAGGAGCUUGUUUCAUCAGGAUUGGCUGUGAAGAAUACAGAUCAUGUUAAAUGUUUACUGGAGGCUAGCUCGAACAAAAUCAUAGAAAUAACAGAAAAUGCUUCCAACACGGCUGGUUUGAAAACUGAAAAUGAAACCAAUUUUGAGGAAUUAGAAGUUUUUGAAAAUGAAAAUUUGAAAAAAAAUCUUGAUGGUCGAAAAGAAAAUGCGUCAAAACCCGAAGAAAUAAAAUAUGCGAGUCCAAGUCCAAGCCAUGCAGAAUUAGAAGAUAAAUCUGUUUCCAGAGAUGUUGUUUCACAAUUAAGGGCACAAGUACCAGAUUCUGCUGUGAAAUGUGGUGGUUCUCCUCAUAAAGAAAUUGAAAUGGGAAAGAAAGAAGAAAAGGCCGAUUCAGAAAAGUUUAAAAAGGUUGAUAAAAUGGAAGUACGGUCGGCAUUAGAGCAAAAUAAAUCACCAAACCAACACAAUAGAGAUAUGGGAAAUACUUUGAGAGUUGCUAAGCAAGAGAUGCCCUGUUUUGUGAAUGGGAUUAAUUCUCAUAUGAAAAAAGGGGAAAAUGUGACCGUAACUCCCGUGAAUGUUGAAGGUCAUGAAAGUGAUCGUGAAAAAAGACUUCACGGAAGUAAAACUGUAAAAGAAACACUUCAAAAUCCACCAAAAACAUCAUUAGAGGAUUGUAGUGGGAUCGUGUACCCUCUCUGUGUGGAGUAUUUGGACCAAAGUUGUGCAAAAAAACGAAAUCAACUUGGUGAACAUAUUUACAUUAUAUGUUCCGAACUACCUGAGGAAAUUACUGAACGUGAUUUGGUUUACCUUAUGAGAUGUUUGGGAGCUACAAAAUCUCGUGAAGAGAAAAUGCAUAUCUGUGGUUCCCUGUUGUCACUGGCCCAUUCAUUUGUUCCUAUUGAAGAAUUCAUUGAUAUAAAGUUGCUAACAACAAUUGUGUGUGACGAAUCAUUAAAUGGGAAAAAUGAACUUCAAAUAAUUGUUCUUACACUUCUAAGCUUGCUACUUGUUGAGCAUAAAAAGUUGCCAGAAAAACAGCAAGAAAACCUCACCCAAGUUGCUUGUUUGUUGGUAAAGUAUUUGGAUCUUGUUACAACAUCAACAGAAACAACUGGUUCAUCCAAAUUAACAUCAAAACUUGUCCAUGUUAUUAACAUGGUGUGUUCUAUCUCCAAUGUUGCAACUGUUGAAGUGAAAAAUAUGGGACUUAUUGAGAUUCUCAUAAGAAUUAAAUCAACUGACACAACUGAAGUUCGAAAAAAGCUGUUUAUGAAGUUGUUUACAUGUGAAUACGACAACACAGAUGAUGAUAUACACGCAACACCACAAGAACCAGAGUUACCAGAUUUGGUUACAACAAAUCAGAAACAGGCGUAUGAUUGUUUAAAUUACGAUCGAUUCAACAGCAUUGACACUGAUUCAGUCACAACAUGCAGACCUUACACACCUGUCUACGCAAAGUUUGAUACAGACAAUGAAUCAACAGACAGCGAAACCGACACAGUUGAAGUGUUACCUGGAUGUUAGUAACUGAUCAAGAUGGUUAUAAAUUAGCAUGGGAUCUAGUUUGUAAUUGGUCAUUCAAAUGUACCGGGUUCGAAUCCAGGCAAAACAAUCAAAUUUUUUGCAAUAAUAGAAUGAUGAUCACUUAUUUAUCCCUGGUGUCAAAAGUUACACAACCAUGUUACUUUAGAUAUUUAUCAAGGUAGCACCCAAAUCCAAUGUUUCCUAAUCAUGUUUCCAACAAUUACCAAAGCUCAUUUAGAGUCGUGAGUAUACUGUUAUAUAAUUCUAUAAAUGUUCUUUGUUUACUACCAAAUAAGACGAUAAAAGAGAAUGAAAAAUUGUCCCAUCUUAUCCCAACCUAUGUUAAAAACAGAACAAUUAUGUUAAUAUUCACAUUCUUUUCUUACUAUUGCCAUAGUUCCGUUUAAGUACAACAGUUCUAAGUUUUAUUUUUUUUUAUUUUAACACACCUUAUUUAAAUACAACUUCUUUUCCAAU